CAGCCAUGGCCAUCACAUGGCUCAGAUCUGUCUUUUAUGCAAUUUCUCUCUCUGCCUUCUGAAAUGACCCAUAAUGCAAUAACAAUAAUAAUAAUAAUAAUAACCUUAUUCUUCUCUUGAUCCAAUGCUCAUUCUAAAGCAACAGUUCCUCUUCUUCUCUUUUCCACUUCAUUUCUUUUGUAAACACUGCAAAGAAGAAAUGAAGCCAUGAAACUCUUUGAGUUUUGAAGGUUCUUCUUCUCUUAGUUAACCCUUUUUUUUUCUGUUCAAAGAAGCAAACUUUCCAUCAAAAGAAGAUGACCCAGUUGCUGAAUCUAGCUCUUGGAGUGGUUUUAGUUGCAGUUUUGGUGAUUCUCUUUCUCAUCUUCUUGAACAGAAGGGGAAAAGGGAAGGAUAUUGAUGAAUACAAUGACAUAGAGAGAAAACAGGAUAGGGAUAAAGAGGAGGAAGAAAGAGAAGAAUUGGUGUGUUUUCAAGGUGGACAGGACCUUACCAUUGUAGAUAUAUUGGAAGCUCCUGGGGAAGUGAUUGGGAAAGCCAACCAUGGAACUUUGUAUAAGGCUUAUUUGCAAGGAAGCAACACAGUAAGGCUGCUGAGGUUUCUGAGGCCAGUUUGUACUGCUGGACUUGAAGAUUUUGUCAGUGAAAUUGAGUUUUUGGGUUCUAUAAGACACCAAAAUUUGGUGCCUCUUUUGGGAUUCUAUUCAGGUCCAAGAGCAGAGAAGCUUCUCAUUCAUCCAUUUUACAGGAGAGGAAAUCUAGCUCAGUUCAUUAGAGAUGGGAAUGGCGACUCGCACAGAUGGGGAGUUAUAAAUAAGAUAUCGGUUGGUAUUGCGAAAGGGUUGGAUCAUCUUCAUACUGGCUUGCAAAAGCCAACAAUCCAUGGGAACCUUCAAUCCAAAAAUGUUCUUUUGGAUAGGAAUUAUGAACCGUAUGUCUCCGAUUUUGGCCUUCAUCUACUGUUGAAUUCCCCAUCUGCCCAAGAGAUACUUGAAGCCUCAGCAGCCAAUGGAUACAAAGCUCCUGAGCUGAUCAAGAUGAAGGAUGCAACUGAGGAGACUGACAUUUAUAGCUAUGGAGUGAUAUUACUCGAGUUACUUUCGGGGAAGGAACCGUUCAACGAAAAGCCAACUGUUCCUGAUGAGGAUUUUUACUUGCCUAACUUUAUGAGAAAUGCUGUUCUUGGACACAGAAUUGCAGAUUUAUUCCAUCCAGAAAUACUUCUAUACAGCAGCAUUGAUGGAAAUCAUGUUACUGAAGAAAAGAUUCUCAAAUUCUUUCAGCUUGCUAUGGCUUGUUGUUCUCCUUCUCCUGCUCUUAGACCUAGUAUGAAGCAAGUACUACGGAAGCUCAACGAAAUCGGAACGUAGUCGGGAUUCUGGAGCAUGUUACACCACAUGGCAGUCAGUCAAAGGGACAAGAUUUAAAACAAAUUGGUAUCAGUAUAAUUCUUGAGAACUAACUUCUCCAUGUCCAACAUGAUUGAGAGGGUAUUGAUUCUGCUGUACAUAUAUGGAAUACCACUGGAACUGAGGGGCUAAAAUUUUGGCAUCUAAGGGCUAAAGAAGCUGUAACAGUUUGGUAUUUUGAAGAAAAUUUUGUUAAAUGAUCCAUGAUUGAAGCCAAGUAGUUGUUUACAAAGUGUUUUGCAAAAUAGGUUACUGCAUUUUAGAACAAAGAUUCAAUAAAAUGUGUCAGAUAAUUAGUGUAUGGAAAAUUCUCUCUUCUGAUAUAGUUUUACAGGAAACAUGUUUUUGAUAA